AUGAGACUUGCGAUGGCUUCCGCUUUCAUCGUUCACAACCUUCAGAAGAAGAUCCAGGCGGACAAGAGCAAGAAGACAGAUCUCUCUUCUCCAUUGCAAGAGUCCAGCCGUCUUGAGCUCCCUGUGGAUGGUUUUUUACGAUCCGGGUUUCUCGAGAGGAAGCGUGUCACGGCGACCAUAACGUGGCACAAGGUGAAGGCCGUGCUGACAGCAGAGGCGCUCCUGUUUGCAAGGCCGGACUCAAAGCUCGUCUCCGAUGAGAUUCCUCUGCAUGAGAUUACAGACAUUCUCACUGAAGCCUCGCUCGACAAGGGCCAAGACACCGCAAGCAAAGCCAUCAUCAUCCAAACCACCAAGGAUGGUCACAACAGCGGGAGAACCUACGUGUGCCGUCCGGACCCUGCGGAGUUUGACAUGUGGUUCAACGAUCUUCAACAGCAGUGUCAAGCUGCGAAGAUUGCAAAAGAGCAAGCGAGAAGAGACGCUGAGAAUGCUGGUAGCCAACUUUCUCGGCUGAGAGCUAAGGUCUUGCGCGUGUAUGAGUCGAUAUACAGCGAAGGCUUCUUCGCAACCAUCCUCAUGCUCUGCUUUUCUGUGGACGUGUGGGAAGCACAAGUUCUACCUGCUGAUGGCUCAAGUGCGGCUGCGAUGUUUGACACGUUCGAUGUUGUCUUCACCAGCAUCUUCACAGUUGAGCUGGCAGUGAACUUGUUUUCGCGCUCAUCCCACUAUUUCAAGCCCUUCUACUCCAACGGAUGGAACAUUCUGGACCUUGUGAUAGUGAUGAUCUCUCUGAUUGUCUUGUUCGCUCCCGGACUUCCUUCUCUUCAACCCCUCAGGCUUGUUCGCGUCUUCCGUGUCGCUCGCUUGUUUCGCAAGUUUCGCUCCUUGAACCGCAUCAUCACGGCCCUGAUCUCCGCUCUUGUCCCUGUGGCGAACAGCAUGAUCAUCCUGCUUCUUGUCACUGCAAUCUGGUCUGCCCUUGGCACUCAUCUCUUUCACGAGCAGAGCCCUGAGUUCUUCGGCAACUUUGCGUCCUCCCUUUUCACGAUGAUUCAAGUCAUGACAGGAGACGGCUGGGCUUCAGACGUUUCUCGUUCAUUGUUCGACGAUGGUACAGUGAAGACAAGUCGAGACGUGUGGGUGGCGAUGUUCUUUGUCUCCUACGCUCUGGUGGCCGGUGUCUUCCUGAUCAACGUGGUGGUGGCGGUUCUCUUGGACGAGUUCAUCUCUUCCAUUCAGGCAGGAAAAGAAGCUCUCGAAGUGGCUAAGGCGGAGGAGGAGGACAGGAGGAAGAAGGCGAGGAGGUCCAACGGGGUGCUGGACCCGCUCACAGCUCACUUGUCACACUUCGUCUCGGAGAAGGACCUCAGGUCGAGGAUCCACGAGACGUACGAGCGACUUGACUCGGACGGUUCGGGAGGUCUCAACUUCGAGGAGUUUCAGAAGGGUCUCAAGAAACUGCCGACGUCCUCGCCGAUUCACAUCCUCGAGGACGACUUCGAGGUGCUGACAGAGAACGGCAGGUUCUGCAACAUCAGGAGAGAGUUCGGUAGCGAUCAGUUCCAAGAGAUUAUGCGAGAGGAGCUGAAGCGAUACUCCCAGCGAGUGCUGGCAAACGCGAUGCAAGAGACCCAGAGCUACGAGACGCUGGCGAUGAUGCUGACGCUGAAGCGGCUGGAGCUCAUUGCUGAGAGCAAUUCAAGGAUCAUCAAGUCCUGGGGCUUCUCCUCCAAGGGGGCCGGCAUGCUGUCCGAGGUGUUUGCAACUCACGACCUCAACCAGGAUGGUGUGCUGGACCUCAACGAGGCGAGAGAGGCGCUUCUGACCCUGGGAGUCCCCGACUUUAAGAUAGAUCACGUCCUAAGGGCCAUGGACCUCGACGGAGACGAGAAGAUCUCCAGAGAAGAGUUCCUCAGAGUCGGAGAGCACAUGGAGAACACUGACGCUCGACUGGACCGUCUUGAGCACUCGGUCAAUGACAUCAAGACCAUGAUUCGUCUCCUCCUCUCCGCACCUGGCAAACCCGCUGAAGCUUCAGGUGACGCAAGGGUGUUAGCAGGCGAUGGUGCAGGUGAAGGGAAGAAGCAGGAGAGCAACGGCAAGGACCAACGAUUGCGACGAGCCUCAUCGAUGAAGUUGCUCAAAGUGCUGGACGAGCUGCUCGAUGGCAGGAACACCCCUAAGUCGGACAAGAAACCCACCCGUUCUCAAGACAAGAAGCGACAACCAGCUGGCCAUGGGGGGGAAGCAAAAGAUCGAGCGCUCGUGCGAGAUUGGUGGAGCAGGUAUCAGGAAGAUGACGACAAGUACGGCUCUGCUGCUCGACAGACCCGAGCUGCCAUGCCAGAGUUGGUGCUUGUUGAUGCUUUGAAGCAAGGGAACGGCUUCGACGAGCAGAACAGCCGGGAAAGGUCGAUCAAGGGAAAGGAGAACAGCAGGAGAGAGGCAGUCAAGGCUCUGAGCAACAGAAUUCUGUCGCAAUCAAGACGGCACUCGGCCUCUGCGGUAGACCUUCGACAGCAAGAGAGCGAGGGCUUGGAUAGAUCUUUCCACGGAGCUCAUGUAUAA